GGGCGGGCCUUAUCCUCAACAGAAAGUCAGCAGCACAACAACCGCCUGCGCUAAACACAGCGAAUAUUAUAUAAAAAACACAUGUAUUUGGAUAUAUAACUUAUUUUUCAGGUCGUCGCUGCCGUCUGAUGGGUUCAUUAUAACGUCACAGCCUGUUCGGUAUCAUGGCCCUUGUUGAGGAGCAGCCGGAGAAACACUGCUGGGUGUGUUUCGCCACAGAGAGGGACGACCACAGUGCAGAGUGGGUGAGCCCCUGCAGGUGUAAAGGCUGCACGAAAUGGAUCCACCAGUCGUGUCUGCAGCGCUGGCUGGACGAGAAGCAGAAAGGAAACAGCGGCGGCGCCGUCAGCUGUCCUCAGUGCGGGACUGAAUACCACAUUAUCUUCCCCAAGAUGGGCCCGUUGGUGUAUUUCCUCCAGCAGGUAGACAAAGCUCUGUCUCGGGCCAGUCCCUUUGCUGCUGUCGGGGUCGUGGUCGGGACCGUGUACUGGUCCGCCGUCACGUACGGAGCUGUGACGGUCAUGCAGGUGGUGGGACAUAAGAAGGGACUGUACGUGAUGGAGCGAGCCGACCCGCUCUUCCUGUUGAUGGGUCUGCCCACCAUCCCUGUGCUGUUGGUUCUGGGCAAGAUGAUCCGCUGGGAGGAUUAUUUAGUGAGGCUGUGGCAGAGAUACUCCUACAAACGCAAGCUCCCGCCAGGUACGGGUCGCUACCUGCCGCGUGUUCCUGCUGAAGGUCCGACUGCAGGAGAUCACCUCUCUGUGUCUCGGACUCUGUGCGGAGCUCUCGUCUUUCCCUCCAUCGCCAGUCUGGUGGGACGGCUGCUGUUUGGACGAGUGUCCUCUAACCUGCAGCGCACCAUACUGGGAGGCAUCGCCUUCGUGUUGAUGAAGGGAGUGUUGAAGGUGUAUUUCAAACAGCAGCAGUACAUCAUUCAGGCCAACCGACACAUCCUCAACUACCCCGAGAGAAACGGAGACGGACAGAACGAAGGCGGAGACGAGGACACAGAGGACAGCGGCAACGAAUGACUUCAUUCGAAUGAGUUGGAAAGAGGCCAGAAACAUAUGUUUAAGGGGCAUGAAGGGACCCAGAGAUGAAGGGUAUUAAACCAAAUAUUUUACUAUAAAACUCUGCAGAACACUGAUCUGUUAAACUGCUGUAAGGUGAGCGCUGUAGAUGAGCUGUUUGAAAGAGAGAGAGAGCUGGAGUGAUGUGACUCGGAAGUAAAAAGAAUCCUAAGAAGUUUCCACCAUCAUCAUUAAAUAUGUGUGUAAAUGACCCCAAACUAUAAGAUAAUGUAUACUACUAACACAGCGGUAGAUAUCAGUGGUAACUUCAGACUCUCAGCUUUAAAUCUCAGCCACAAAGAUACUUGAAGAUGUUUAUAAAAAAAUGAUUUAUUGCCUUAUUCUCUCAUAAAGUCACACCACUGUCAGUCAGUCAGUCAGUCUGGUAUAAACAAACACAAAUUAAUGUUUGUUUGUUUAUUAUUUAUGCAGCUUUUUUACGCCUUAAAUCCAGUUUAUACAACGCUCCUUUCAGACAUGAGUGUUGUAACGUAAAUAUGAUGCAGAUUUCAACACGUCUGAAUCACUUUUAUAUAAAAGUCACAGUUGCAACGUCACAAGCUCGGACCUGGAAUGUUUCCUUAAAGGAUCAGUCUGGACAUUUUCUAUGUUUGUCUUCUUAUAAGGAACAAUAAUAAUAAUAAUAAUAAUAAGGAGGAAUAAGAUAUAUCAGGCUUUAGAUACACACAUAAUACUUGUUAGUAGAUCAGUUCAAACAUGAAGACAGAUAUAGAAAAUCAGCAGAAUGAUCUUUUAGCUCAGAACGCCGUCAGAUUAAUGAAAACACAUGAAAAUUUAUCACUCAACUACCAUCUUUUAUACACAAAAUCAGUUUAAUAAAUGAGGAAACGCUGUAAAUGACCUGAUUUGAAGAUGUGGAGGAGAUUCUUCUCACAUCUUAUGGAUGAGUUUAUGAAAAUUGUGUUGAGGAGAAUUUACACCGAUCUAAUCCACAUGAAAUAGUCUUUUCAUCAGUGUCGUUAUUAAAAUCAAGUUAAUUCCUGGUUUCCACGUCUACGGGGUCACAAGGUCGUCUGCAAGGGUCCGUACAGACCCCCCGAGCAGACCUGGAUUAUAAUAUGUAUAGAAGUGUUCUGGAUUAUGAUCAAGACGAGUUUAAAUUGG